CAGUGAUCUCUGAAAAAGACUCUGAGGCUCCCUCUCUGCUCCAAUAGACAGGAGGGACUUAGGGCUGGAUAAUCAUCAAAUUCUUACCUCGCCCUUUCACUGCUGGGGGAUCAGAUUGCAUUUCUUUCAGUAUUCUCCGCUUCCCAGUUUCUUGAUCUAGUUAAAGGAAGUAGAAAAAAUAAAUCCUCUCUUUAGUACCUCGAAGGAAAACAACAUAACCUCAAUGCCGCUUUGAAAAAAAAAAUCUUUCCAAGAACUUUCUUCAGAGAUUUUACUCAAAUGAUUUAUACAAUGAAGAAAGAACAUGUUUUUUGGGCUUCUCUGCUGCUCAGUCUUGCCCCUGCCGCUCUUAGAGCUGAUCCUGAGGAAGGUGAAGAACAUACGAAUCUCACAGAUACUGAGUUGCCACCACUGAAACCUAUGCAUUCAUUUUGUGCAUUGAAGGCUGAUGAUGGCCCAUGCAAAGCAAUGAUGAAGAGAUUUUUCUUCAAUAUUUUCACUCAACAGUGUGAAGAAUUUGUAUAUGGGGGAUGUGAAGGAAAUCAGAAUCGAUUUGACAGUCUGGAAGAAUGCAAAACAACAUGUGUAAGAGGUUAUCUAAAGAAGAUUACAAGGACAACAUUGAUCAAAGAAAAGCCAGAUUUCUGCUUUUUGGAGGAAGAUGCUGGAAUUUGUCGAGGUUACAUUACCAGGUAUUUUUAUAAUAAUCAGUCAAAACAAUGUGAACGUUUCAAGUACGGUGGAUGCCUGGGCAACCAAAACAACUUUGAAACACUGGAAGAAUGCAAGAAUACCUGUGAGGAUACGUUGAAUGAUUUCCAGGUAGAUGAUUAUAGAACCCAGGUUAAUACUGUAAAUAACAACUCCUUGACUCCCCAACCAACCAACGUUCCCAGCUUAUUUGUUACAAAAGAAGGAACAAAUGAUGGUUGGAAGAAUGCCGAUCACAUGUACCAAGUCUUUCUGCACGCCUUCUGCAUUCACGCAUCCAUGUUCUUUUUAGGGUUGGAUAGCAUUUUGUGCACAUGCUAAUAUUUGUGCUUUGGGGAUAUCCUUAAUAUUUAUAUGUCUAUGUAUUGCAUUCGACAGCAUGACAUUAAUAAUGUUUUAAUGACAUUAAUAAUAUUUACAUGCAUAUUUAGUAUAGUCUCACUACAUCUCACUCAUAAAUGUUUAACUACCAAAGAAAAACUAAUAUUCUCAGUGUUUUUUAACAUCGUCCUGCUGGAAGAGGUGUUACGCUCAGAAAAGACUUCAGUGACAACCAAACAACAUCGUGGAUACAGUCAAUUUCCCGAUCUGCAAGAGAAUGUUGUCACCCAUUUGGCCUCUUUUUUGAGAUGAUUACGCGUGGAGGAAUAGUGCAACUAUGGAAAUAUUGUGAAAAGAAAAUGUCCCCCAUCAACUAAAGAGUUACACAUUCUGCUGCAGACCCUAGUGAAUCACGAGUACUCCGGACAAUUCUGAAAAACCUCACUUCAUCCAUAUUCCACUUCCAUAGUUCUAAAUCCGUAUCCUUCCUUUCAUAAUGUGCUCUCAGACCAAGAGGCAGAAAAACAUCCACCGUGAUCUAAAUAUGCCUUCAUAGGACAUCUGGAGCCUCCUCAGCUGAUUUCCUUACAAGCUGGCUUUCCAAAUAUAGAUAACAGAUUUUGGAGAGCACCCAUCAAGCCUCUACUUCCUGACAGGAGUGCUGGUGAGGAACAAAAAUGUGGCACGUCACCUCUGCCAGACCUGCUGCCGUCCAAAUGCAGUCACCCUAGCCGACCACCGCCUACCUUUCUAAUCCCUUUCUUCCUGGACCAUUUCUAGUCUUAACAAAGAUCUUUUUUUUCCCUUAGUUAUUAAGUGUCCUCCAGACAAAUAUUUCUCCAGCUUGACUAAUACACAGAUGUUGGGGUUUGUUGUUGUUUGAUUUUGGUUUUGAGACAGAGCCUCAAUCUGUUGCCCUGGGUAGACUGCCACGGUGUCAUAACUGACAGCAACCUCAAAAUCUUGGGCUCAAGAGAUCCUCUUGCCUCAGCCUCCCAAGUAGCUGAGACUAGAGGCUCCCACCUCCACACCUGGCUACUUUUUCUAUUUUUAGUAUAUAUGGGCUCAGGCUGCUCUUGAACUCCUGAACUCAAGCAAUCAACCUGCUUCAGCUUUACAAAGUGCUAGGAUUACAGUUGUGAACCACCAUGCCAAACUACAAACAUAUUUUAAAAAGAAAAAUAACCAACUUUUGAUUUGUAACCCAAAUUAUUUUACAUAAUAUCAGUUUGUAUUAAUAAGUAAAACAGUAGGAAGAAAUGCCAUAAGCUUGUGCUCAUUAUACAACCAUAAACCAAAACCUAUUUAUAAAUUAGUACAACACAAAGUGUAAACUAAUAAAUAACACUAAUUUAAUAAAUUUUUAAUUUGUAAAAACAAUAAAAAUCCUUGUUAUAAUAUGAAUUUGUUAUUAAUUGCUAUAGGGAGGGUUAGGAAAGAGGUAGCAUAGUUAAGAAAAGUCUUUACUACUCUCUGUAGUGUGUAAUUCUCUCCUCUUUUUCUAUUUGAAUACUGAACGAUCUUUGCAGAAAUGAACUUGAGAAGCAUUGAUAUAAAAAGUGUCAGGUGGCGCCUGUGGCUCAAGGAGUAGGGUGCCAGUCCCAUAUGCCGGAGGUGGCAGGUUCAAACCUAGACCCGGUCAAAAACCACAAAAAAAAAAAAAAAAAAACAAGUGUCCAUUAGGAAAAUUUCAACUGUAUUUUUAUGGAUAUAGCAGAGUGAGGUUUCUAGAUUUUGAUCAUAUCUUUUACCAUUAAAUGGAUCUCACUGACCAGGGCAAGUCUGAGUGAUCACACGCAUAAAAGUAUGGAAUUUGGGUGUGUCAUUUCUGGAAUCAGUCCACGUCCAACAUCCCAAUCCAAAAAUUCUUGCCUUCAAGUGAUAACUCUCUAAUUAUCUAAUAUUAUUUGGUCCAGCACUGCUUCGCUUCCGACUUGUUUCUAGCCUCCUUAUCUACUGACCUAUUUUAAUUAGAUACCUUUCUCUCCCUUUCAAACUUAGUAAACAUUAACUUCAUGUAUGCAACUGACAGUAUGAUGCAUCUAUUACAUUCUGAACCUGAGCUUCAAAGAUGAGGGAAUUUGGAGAUCGGUUAUGAAAUAGAAGUUUUAAAAUAAUUUUCUUAGUUUGUUUUCAGAAUGACUAACUGUAAUGGUAAAGAGCAUUGGGUCUAUGCAUGGACAAUUAUGGUUUUUAAUUCCAGUUCUGCUAUUUGAAGACUCAUUAUGGCCUUGAAAAAAAUCAAACCACUUCAUUCAGCCUCAGGUUCUUCAUUUGUUAUAUGUAAGAGAAAUAUAUGAAAACUUUGUGAAGAUUGUAAUGAUAUAUAAACCUCUUAACCCAGUGUUUCACACACAAUAAGAGCUCAAAAUAUUAAUUCCUGAGUUUUAUUAUGGUGAUCACCCAUUUGUAUCUGAACUUGCAGUAGAAAAAAUAAAAUAAUUAGAAGGAUUACUUAUAUGCAUUUUAUUAUUGAUGAUUUACUAUAACUAACAUCUAUAACUUUGAACUGAAGUACCUUCAUUGAAUAUAUUUUAUGCUAUGAUUACCUGAAAUAAUAUACAUAACACUUGUAAAAAUCAAAAAUUAUUAAA